UGAUCUGAUCUAAACAUAUUUUUCUGAUAUGAUCUAAUCAUAAUAAUAAUAAUUUGUAUUUGAUCUGAACUUAUUUUUUCUGGUCUGAUUUAAUCUGAACUUAAUUUUUCUGAUCUGAUCUAAACAUAUUUUUCUGAUAUAAUCUAAUCUGAACUUAAUUUUUUAUGAAAUAAGUAAAAAUAAGGUGAACUAAAGAAGCGCUUACACCACUACUUGAAGUGGCGGUUCCCAAUAACCAUUCUUUCGAAUCAGAACAACAACAACAAAAAGAAAAAAAAAAAGCUACUCUACUAUGGUCCUCUCCCCUGCUUAGCGCCGUAACCUUGCCGGAGCGCCGAACCUCCCUUGUAACUACUCUGAGUCGCCAGAAAUAAUUUGGUGGAGGCUGCUCCGUCGGCUCCAUCACUUGAACCUCCCUCGGUGCUGCUAUUUGUCCUCAAUUUCCCGCUCUCAACUCUCACUCUCUCGGUUUAACAUUGAAGCGCACUCCACUUUCUACGGUGACGCGACUUCUGAAUCCUCUGUCCUCCAUUGAAGCACCUUCUAAGGGUUCCCGCCAUUGUUGAAACUUAAGCUAUUCAGAAAUGGAGAAGAAUCCCGCAGAAGAAGCUCUAAUGCUACUCAGAAGAAGACUAUGUGACCCUCAUGCAUUUUUCUCUCUCCUCCCUUCUUCUUCAGAUACCAACUUUAGUAAAUUGAAAUUUUUGAUAUCUAGUUCAAUCACGGAAGCAUGUAAUAAUUCGGUGUUGCUUCUUGGUCCCCGUGGUUGUAGCAAAACUGCGGUUUUGGAGGUAGUUCUUAGAGAUUUAUCGGUGGAAUAUCCAGAUAUGAUAUCUGUGAUAAAAUUAAACGGGCUUUUGCAUAGUGAUGAUAACUGUGCCCUCAAGGAAAUCGCCCGACAAUUAUGUGUGGAGCAUCAGUUGUCGUUCUCAAAAAUGGCUUCUUUUGAUGACAAUACUCAAUUUGUGAUUAGUAUGUUGCGAGAGUGUGGGUUGGCCCAUAAGACCAUUGUUAUUGUGCUGGACGAAUUUGAUAUAUUUGCUCAGGGUAAACAACGGUUACUCUAUAGCUUGUUAGAUGCAAUGCAAUCUGUGACGUCACAAGCUGUUGUGAUUGGCGUAAGCUGUAGAUUGGAUGCUGACCAACUUUUAGAGAAAAGAGUUAGAUCCCGUUUAUCACAGAGAAAACUUUUGUUUUGUCCUCCCUCAAAAGAUGAAUUGGAAAGGUUGCUGGAGUUUCUAUUAUCUUUGCCGGUAAAUUCGAGCCUUCCUCAAAGUUAUGUAGUUGAAUUCAAUAAAGAGCUUCGUAAGAUAUUGGCUGACAAGAAAUUCAAUGACACUAUGAACACAUUGUUGAGUUCAGAUUCAACAGUUGACCAGAUUAUGAGAUUCUUGUUUUUAUCUGUUUCCACCAUGGACAUGAAGACAGGCAUCCUUUCAAUUGAGAACUUCAAAAGGGCUGUUGUGAGAAUAAAUAGACAGCCAAAGUUGGAGUAUCUAAAAGAUUGCUCCGUCUUAGAACUUUAUAUACUGGUCUGUAUGAAAAGGCUAGAAGUUAAAGAGCAGAACUCAUAUAACUUCAACUCUGUCAUUAAAGAAUACAAAGCUAUACAUGAUUCAUUCCAGACUCCUGACUAUUAUGCACGGAAUGUCUGCUUAAGGGCUUUGGAGCAUCUUAUCCAAUGUGAAUUAGUUUGCUUCAUGGACAAUAGGGGGUACAACCAAUCCAAUGAAUUUCGUCCAGUGAAGCUACUAAUCUCACCAUAUGAGCUCCAAUUGGGUUUGAAGGAAAAUCAAAGUUGCCCAGAAAUGGAGGGAAAGGAAGGGAAAGGAAAGGAAAUGGAAGGAUAGAGUAUCUUUCAUUUGGAGAACAAAUGAGGAAGGAAGGGAAUUGGAGGGGAGAGAAAUGGAGGGUAAUUUGUAAAAUUGAUCUCCCUUUCCCUUCCCACCCCUUCCCCUCUCUGCCCUUCUUUUCCUUCCCAAUAAUCUAUCCAAACACACUGUAAGUAAAUGCUGCAAAGUAGUUAAGUACUUCUGCUUCUCUGGUGCAGAAACAUAUUUAAUGAGCAUUCUUCAAAAAUUGAUGGAUCAGACUGGGCAAAAAAGUUAAGGGGACCAAAUAAAUGUUCCGAAUUGUGAAGUAGCUUUAGAAGAUCUGCUGCAAACUUCUUGGUUCAAGUAUAAGUUAAUUAACCUUUUUAACCUCAUUAGAAAUUUGAUUAAAUCCUUGUUAUGAUGAUAUGGGGAACAAUCAAAUAUUAUAGCAGAAAAUCUCUAAUCCAUGGUGAAGGUACAACCAUUUGUAGCAUUCACACGAUACUUCUCAGGUUUUUGCUGUGCAUUGUAUAAAACCUUUUUGUAUAAACUUAUCUUGCUCUGUUUCUUAUAUUUCAAUAUUCGAUUUUUAGCAGUCUA